CUCUCUAAGAAAAACAUGUCUUCAGAAAAUGCAUCUACUCAAAUUUCAGGGAGACCGAUCAGAGAGGACUAUUUGGAUCGCAGCUCUAAGUUUGCAGAAGGUUUGCUCUCUAAGGCCUUGAAAGAUAUUCUGUCUGGAUCACUGAACAUUCACAAAGCAGCCAUACUAUACGGGAUACCUCAGAAAACCUUACAGCUACAGACCGAGGCCUUAUCACCAGAAUGUAAGGAAGGAGGACCACAGAUCUUUGGAGAAAAUGGUAGGGGCACAGAUACAUUGUGGCCAACUAAUGACACACGACUGGUCCUGCAGAAAGUAGUGGCCUGGGCUAGCUCUCAGUCUGAGCAGUCUGAAGUAGGAAAAUGUAAAUUCACAUCACCAGAGCACACAGUGCUGAAGUUUCCAGCAGCAGUGGCCGCCUCUUCAUACCUUCACCACUUAACCUUGCAGAGGAUGGUCUCACAGCUACGGGAGAAGAACGACAGGCCUCUUAUGAGCUCUGAGCCAGCCACACCACCUCAGAGUCCUGCCAUUGGGCCAGCUGUGCACAUUCGAAUUCCUCAGGUACGCCUCAGUGCUCAGCCCAAAGCCAAGCUGGAUCUGGGAGGCCUGGUGGAUGCAGUGUACCUAGCCAACAAAGCCUCUGAUGGUUCCACUGCUCUCCACAAGCUGAAGACCAUUCUCCCCAAACAGGGUUUGGUCGAAAGCAACCAUGGCCAUGAGUCAUGUCUACUCCAGGGUGACCUGCCUCCACUGUGUCUGAACGUAAAUAAUGGGAGUGUUGGUGGGAGUGUCACUGGAAGUGUUGACCGCUGUGAUGAUGAACGAAAGCAGCCACGGAAAAAACGGGGCCGUUAUCGGCAAUAUGACCACGACAUCCUUGAGGAGGCCAUAGCCAUGAUAAUUGGUGGGAAGAUGAGUGUGUCGAAAGCUCAGGCUGUCUAUGGGGUUCCACACAGCACCCUAGAGUACAAAGUGAAAGAGCGAACUGGCAUGCUCAAAACUCCACCAAAAAAGAAGCUCCACCUUGCUGAAGCAGCAACCUCAGGAUCUGGAAAGUCAGGGACAAUAACCAAUGCCUCAACUACUGCCUACAAACAGUCUUAACUGAAAACCAAAACCUCAACUAUUUCCUAGAGAUGGUUUUAACCAACACUUAUCACCUAAUCUACAGCCAACAAAAGGUUUUUAACAUGCAGUCAGGACCUCAUGCAGACUUAGAAAAGUACACUUGAAUCUUCAACAACAUUAAAUGGUACAUUUCAUUAAUUCACAAAACAUGCCUUUUAAAAGUAUAUUCAGGGGUUUCACUGUGGUUAUCUAUGAUUAUAUUUUUUAAAUAUUGUAAAGCAUUGUUGAUUUUUAAGUUAAGUACAGUUUUAAAACUAAGAAAUAUUCAGGUUUUGUUCAUGCAUAAGCUAAUCUCAGCUUAAUGAUUGUUGUAUGCAGUUUUCACACUGAUUAAUCUUUGUAGCAACUGGUCAUUUAAUUUCAUAUCUGUUCACACAGUGUGUGUGUGUGUUUUUAUAUAUAUAUUAGAGAUGCACCGAUUGCAAUUUUCUUGGCCGAUUUCCGAUUUUUUGCAAGUGUGGCCUGCCAAUACCGAUUUUUUUUCCCCGAUUUUCUUUCUAAGAACUAUUAUUGACCACAUAUACAAACAAAAUCUACCUUUCUUUAAUGCUAAAUUUUAUUUUCAUAAUAAAAUAAAUUAUUAAACAUUACAAUUUCCCCCAAACUGCACUAAGUUACAGGAUCUUCUCUCACUGAAACAACUCUCAAAAUAAAGUGCUCUGUGACUUGAAAGAGGUAGAAAUAACAAUUAACUGCUAAUGAGUUGCUUUAUAUAACAGAUGUCAUUUUCGACUAUUUUUAUAAAUGGACCUUUUUCUCUUUAUUACUCGUCUAACAAAACUAUUCCAAAGAUCUGAAAAACUGAAGUGUCCAAUACGCUCAACUUACGUUAGAUGUACAAAUAUCAGUUGUAAAACUGAGCACUGCUUUGGGAACGGCUUGCAUACCUGUCAACACUUCCGUUUUUCCUGUCAACACUCCCGUUUUGUUAUUUCUCCCAAAAAACUCCCGUAAUUUGUAUGGCCCAAACCACGUUAUAUGAAUAAUCACAUCAAUAUAUUAUUCCAAGGUGGUCCAGUUGCCAGAUUUUGAAUGAAACACAUCCUACUCACAUAAUCGACACAUCAUACACAUUACAAAUCAUUUAUGACCACAAUCUGGCAACCUACAACCCAUUUGCGCUGUUGAUAUCUGCGCAGGCAGUAGACGCGGGAUGUUAAAUCAAGCAUCACUGGUAGAUGGGAGGAGAAGAAUCAGCUGGUGCUCUGGCGAAAAAAAAUAAUAUACAUGUACAUUUAACAACAGCUGGAUGGAAGAAUUGAAUUUCAUAUCCUGAAGCCAUAUCGACAAUGCCCACGCCUUUUGCAAUGUGUGUCGCACUGAUUUUAAUAUCGGACACGGUGGGAAAAAUUACGUUAAAUCACAACGGCACAAUUUGUAUGUACUUAGCCUGCCUCUGCCAUCCAGCACCCCCCUUCCCCUCUCCCGGAUUUGUGUACCCAAAUGUUGACAGAUAACAGGCUGCGUGUGUUACAUGACAUGAGAUUAAACAACUCUGGCAACGUGACGUAGGAAAGUACCUCCUACUCUGUAUCCAGGAAAUUUAUCAGAUUUCUGAAGCCUCUGUCCUCAACUAUGGAGAACGGCUGGUCAUCCAGGGCCAUGAAUUCCAUAAUUUUCCUCGUAAUUGCUUUGGUAUUUUCGUUGCUCAUACCAAGGAAUGAUAGGAGAGGCUGCUGACUUGUGGCUGGCUCUGAGCUCUGGCUAGCUUUAGCCGCUUUCACUUUUUAGCUUCUUUUUUAAAAUGGUCAGCUGGGUGAUGGUGUUAUAAAUGUCUAAUUAGGUUUGUUGAUCCGAAAGUUAAUGUGGUGGUUCCCCCGCGGUUUACUUUGGCCUUACAAUUAUUACACAUUUCGAACUUUAUGUAUUCUUCACUCCAGUGAAGAUCUUCCAUGCCAAUGACAUGUUUACAUGCGGCUGUGACGUUGUUGCCUGCACCGCUGGCAACAAAACGGACCGGCUUGGAAUCGGUAAGACGUGAGGCUGGGUCGAGCAUGCGGAAAAUCGGCUAAUUCCGGUCCCUGGCCGGUUGAUUGGUGCAUCUCUAAUAUAUAUAUAUAUUACACACACACACACUGUGUGAACAGUCAUAUAUAUGGUGUAUAUGUGAAAACCUUGGGACAGUAAGACUGAAAUCCCUCAUUUAACUAACCAGUGGGAGAUGCUUAUUCCUAUUCCAACAAAGGAAAAACAAUGCUAAUAUUGUUAAUAUUUUAGUUUUCUCAUUUUAGUUAAUAUUAUAUUAAUGUAUAACUGAUAAUUGGAAUAAUGUCAUGUAUUAAUCAAGUACAUCAAUUAGGACUGUUGACAGAUUUGUGUGAAAGAUUGGACCAUAUCAUGCUUUAAGUGAAUGAGGCUUCCCACAUCCUGUGGCGACAGUUUAAAUACUACUAACUCUCUACACAAUGUUGCUUGCUUUUUUUAUAUUUUGCCCCUCAUUUGUUUAAAUCUGCAUUGCUAAUCACACAGACUAACCGUGCGUUCAGACCAGAGUCGUCGAGAGCGUCAAAUCGACCGGAAGUCAUUCAUUUUCUAUGACAGCCAGCGUCUCUCGGUGGCAAGAAGCGGCGCGGCGAGUCUUGGGCGGUGUGGGCGUCAGAGGAAGGUUCAAAUGCAGCCAACAUUAUGGUAAUGAGCUUUGACGUGGUUCGGCGGCAACCUAUUGGAAUAUAGAAGUGCUCCGCUCUAGCGAAGUCUAGAGAACACAACUGUGUAAACUUUGGUAGAGAAACUGAUUAUUGCCGUGGUGGGUUUUCCCGUAAUAUUUCAUCUGUCCCUGUUUGCUUACAGCAGGAGUGCCCAAUACGUUGAUCGCGAUCUACCAGUCGAUCGCAGAGGCAAUGCUGGUAGAUCGCACAAAAUUUAAAUGUACUUUUGUUAAAUUUUUAUAAAAAUAAAUAUAAUGUCUUUCCUUCUUUUAGUUUCUGUCUGACUUGCACUUGACAAGUAAAUAUUGACCAGGCGAGGUUUUGUUUAUUCAGUUGCCAUGACAACUAGGUUUGCGCAUACGUGCCUUCCAAGGACUUCUGAGAACAGAGCGCGAAAUUGCGAUGCUACUGCUCGCCUGGUCAAUAUUUACUCGUCAUCUGAAUAAGGUAAAUGCCCUGGCUAUUGUAAUCUAUUGUGCUGUACGUGUUUUGGGUUUAGUUUUAAAACUGAAUGAUAUCAACAUUGAACAUUAUUAUAUAUUUUUUUUAUUGAUUAGAAGAUGAAUUCCAUGUAGGGAUACAUGCAGUAGUCCCAACAAGCAUUUUCUUAUUUUAAAUGAAACUGUGUUUUUUUUAGUUGGUAGAUCUUAUUGAGUUGGUCAUUUAAAAGUAGAUCAUCACACAAAAAAGUGUGGGCACCCCUGGCUUACAGGGAUAUAAAUAAAAUAAAAAAAACUAUGCAUGGACAAAGGUGUCUGAAAUUGUUAGUGUUCCAGUUGAGUUGAUGAAGUGGGUAUUAUGGUUUAUAUAAUAUUAUAUAAUAAUAUAUAAAAAUAUUUAAUGAGGAUACACGCUACUUGUGAUAUGUCGGCAAAAAGAUACAUGUCUGGAUGUUUCGUGGCCCCUUUAAAUAUAGUUCACAAAACCAAGCAUUCUCAAUGAACGUUGCCGCGUAUUUCAAAAACGUCAGCGCGUCCACGAAUUUUCGAUAGCGUUGUUGGCAGGGCAGCCAGAGCGAAUUUUGACGCUCUCGCCGCCUCUGGUCUGAACGCACGUUAAGUUGGAAAUGCAACAUAAUGCAUGUUAGAUUUGU